UCUCCUUGUGGAGUGAGAGUGAGAGACUGAGAGUGAGAGUGACCAGGACCAGCUUCAGCUUGCACUUCUCCUAGGCUCUCGCUCACUGCCAUGGCUCGCCUCCUCCCUGCGCUCCUCCUGCUGCUCGCCGCCGCCUCCGCCUCCACGGUGACCUCCCAGUCCCCGGCGGCGGCGCCGUCCUUCUCUAGCUCCGGCGCCGCGCACUCACCCGCUGCCUCCGCCUCCGGCCCUUCGUCGUCGUCUUCUUCUUCCAAGAAACACCGCCACAUCUCCACCUCCCCCGCGGCGUCUCCGUCCCACUCCGGCACCAAGCUCACCUCCCCGGCGGCCUCCCCCGCCACCCACUCCCCUUCUCCCACCCCCUCCGCCUCCCCCGCCGCUGCCACCUCCCCGUCGCCCACAUUGCCGCCUCCAGCCACCGCGCCGACGGUGUCACCCCCCGCCCCGGCCCCGCUCAGCUCCCCGCCUCCCGCGCUGCCCCCGCCGGCGCCCGCCCCGGUGCUGUCCCCUCCGUCGCUCGCCCCCGCCCCGGCAUUGUCGUCGCCGCCUCCGGCGGCCCUCGCGCCGGCGCCAGUCCUCGCCGCGGCCCCCGCGCCGUCCGCAGCCGUCGACGUUCCGUCCCCGGCGCCGGCCAAGGAGCCGAGGAAGAAGCGCGUCUCCCCGGCAGGCUCCCCCCUCGCCGCCGCCACCACCUCCGCCGGCGGCGGCCUCGCCCCCGGCCCCGGCCCCUCCGCCGCCGACAUGUCGAGCGACGCGGGCGCGCGAGGGUACAGCUACAAGGCGGUGGGGGUCGCGGCGGUGCUGAUGCUGCUGUCACUGACGGCGGGCCCGGCCUUGGUCUGAGGGGGGCGGUGGGGCCACCUUGUCAGAGGGCCACUGCCACUGUUACUGUUUGUCAUUGCAGCUGUAGAGAGAGAGAGAGAGAGAGAGGUGUAGAGCUUGAGAUGGCUACUUGACAGUGUCAGUACUCGAUCAGUGUGGCGUUUUGUAGUGUUAUUACUUGCUACAGUAUGGUGUUUUGUAGUAUUAUUGUCUGCAUUGAUCUGCAGCACAUUGUUACUGGAGUACUGCUCCCCUACCUAUAUGAUGAUGAUUAGUACCAUAUUACUGUGCUUCUCAAUAAUCCCAUCUGCAGUUCUGCAUUUGAUGGAAUGGAAAAUCUG